CAUGAAAUUUUCAAGUAAUCGCCCCCAAGUUCCAUGCACACGUUGUCUUAUCAAAAAAGUUACUAGAGCUGGCUUUUCGGAUGCCUGCGUUCCAAAUAGCGAUUUUCUCUCAUUUUAAUAGCUCAAAAGCUUGUACGACAUGAUCGUAGCCUCUGAGAGUACUGUGUAGAUACUAGUAAGCAGAAAAGAUGUGGAAGAUUUUCUCCUUCAGUUUGAUGCCCUGCAAAACUCUUUUGCAGACUAGAGCUAGUCUAACUGUGCAGGAGACUGAAAAUGUUACUGAUUUUCGUACAAAAGUUUCCCGUAAUCCCAAAAUGGAGAUGCUACGGUGCAACUAUUUGUUCCCUGAGAUCUCCGCCCGAGAAGCUCAACACUUGAAAAAGUAUCCUAAUGCAGAAGUUAUAAGCCUUGGAAUUGGUGACACCACAGAGCCAUUGCCAGAUAUCGUAGCUUCAAGCAUGGCUAAUUAUGCAUACAAACUUGCAACACCUGCAGGCUAUAGAGGGUAUGGAGCUGAACAAGGGAGCAAGGAACUAAGAAAACGAAUUUCAGAAACACUUUACAAAGAUAUGGGCAUAAAGGACACAGAAGUAUUCAUAUCAGAUGGUGCACAGUGUGAUAUUUCUCGUCUUCAGUUGCUCUUUGGUGCCAACAUGUCCAUAGCAGUUCAAGAUCCUACAUUUCCGGCAUAUGUAGACUCAGGCGUCAUAAUCGGCCAGACUGGUGAUGUUGAGAAAGAAUCAGGGAGUUAUCAGAAGAUUGAGUACAUGACAUGUGGACCUCAGAAUAGUUUCUUCCCUGACCUCUCAAAAACAGCACGAACAGACAUUAUUUUCUUCUGCAAUCCAAACAAUCCAACCGGCCAUGCAGCAUCUUGGCAGCAACUAGAACGACUAGUGCAGUUUGCACAAGAGAACGGGUCGAUUAUUGUGUAUGACGCAGCCUAUGCAGUCUAUAUCACAGAGGGAAGACCUCGAUCAAUAUAUGAAAUUCCUGGUGCCAGAAAGGUUGCUAUUGAAGUCUCAUCCUUCUCCAAGAUUGUUGGAUUCACAGGGGUUCGUCUCGGUUGGACUGUGGUACCUGAGGAGCUCUUGUACUCAAAUGGAUUCCCUGUCAUAAAGGACUUCAAUCGCAUAGUCUGCACCUGCUUUAACGGUGCUUCCAGGAUAGCUCAGGCUGGCGGGCUGACUGCUUUAUCCCCAGAAGGCUUCAAGGCUGUACUCUCUCUUGCUGAUUACUACAAAGAGAAUGCAGAGAUACUGUUGGAAACUUUUAGAUUACUAGGAUUAAGAGCUUAUGGAGGCAUAAACGCGCCUUAUCUUUGGGUACAUUUUCCAGGUUCUAAUUCUUGGGAUGUGUUCAAUGAAAUCCUUGAGAAAACACACAUUAUAACAGUUCCAGGGAGUGGGUUUGGUCCAGCAGGCAAAGAGUUCAUCAGGGUCACUGCUUUUGGCCACAGGGAAAAGAUUUUGGAAGCUUCAAAGAGGCUGAGAAGGCUUCUCUCGUAGACACCUGGAUGUUAUAUACAGAACUUUUUCUAGAGUUAACAGAAAGUUAUGAAUAUAUUUUGUAUUGAUCCUGUGGAUAGUUGUCCAAUUAUGAUUUUGCUACAAGCAAUGUACACAUGUGAAUAAAAGGAAUAAAUAUUUAAUUUAUCUGAACCUUCUGCAAGACUAUUUGAGACUGCUGACAUGAAAUUUGAAUUAUGAUCCUUGGUUUACAUUUUAUUUUGUUGAUGCAAGUUCUCAUUUCAUUGGUCAUUGCUUCAAACAAAUGAACCAUCUCUUCCAGUUAAACUUAGACAGGAUGUACUAGAACAAGAUCAAAAUACCACUGGUUUCGCGAAAGCAACUUAAAGACGUAAGGGGCAGAUAGAUCAACAUUUUCAUGAAAGAUCAAGCAAACAAGAAUCCCAGCCAAUAUCCACACGAGGAGUCAGGACUCCUCGUUGCUUAGAGGAGAUCACCAAAAUUUUUGUAAUCUGCUCAACUCUAAUCGAGAUAUAUGGUAUAACUAAACAUUCAUGAAUGGAUCAAUCUACUUCAACAGGUACCAGAAGCAGAAUAUUUAUAUUGCAUUUGUAGAAGAUAUUAUAUAUUUAGACAUAAUCAACAGUAUAUUUACGUGUAUAUUUACCACUGCAAGGUGCAGUAGAUACAAGAGUCAUAAAUUACUUCAAGGCUCAUUAACUGACCUACCCAAGCAGCAAAC